UUUUCUUUCCACUCUCGGCAGAGAGACCAACCCUUCCUUCUCUCCUCCCUCCUUCCUUAGCGCUUCUCCUUUCAUGGCAUCCUCGCGCGAAGAACAUCACUACAGGGGGGUGAGGAAGAGGCCAUGGGGUCGGUACGCGGCCGAGAUACGCGACCCGUGGAAGAAGACUCGAGUCUGGCUCGGCACCUUCGACACGCCUGAGGAAGCGGCUCUGGCUUACGAUGGCGCGGCUCGAACUCUCAGAGGCUCCAAAGCCAAGACCAAUUUCCCGUCUCCGGCGCCAUCUCCGACCUCCCUAUCCUUCGAUCUCAACCUUCCAUCCGACCGGUGGGGCCCAUCUGGGUUUGUACUCAGCGAGCUACUGCACAAUCGCGUCCGUAGGGAAAUGCGGUGCUGCGAUGUCGGGUCGCCGGAUCCGACCCGAAUCGAGCCGGUGCCUGUGGCGCGCCCUGAGCCGGGAGUGGGGCUUGUGAGGAGGGGUUUGUCGAUCGAUCUGAACGAGCCACCUCCAGCGAGUUCGUGUUUUGGGAUGAGUUGACUCAGUUCAGGUGAACGAGUCGGAGUAGGAGUCUCUCUCUUUUCUUUUUUAAUCGUUUUUUAGUAGUGUUUUGUAUAAGAGAGAGAUUAGUCGUUUAGGUACGGAUGUAGAUAUAUGGUUAUCUUUUUUCAUUACUAUAUAUGGAAUGAAAUCAUACGUGGCAAUGUUUUGGUUUUC